GCGGGGAGACCUUGGCGAGGUGGCCGAGGAGCCUGGCGGAGGGGACGGCCGUGGCGGCGAGGAGAGUUGAGCGGCACGAUGCAGAGCUGGAGCCGUGUGUUCUGCUCCUUGGCCAGGAGAGGCCAUUUCAAUCGAAUAUCUCAUGGCUUACAGGGAAUUGCUGCCGUUCCUCUGAGAACUUACGCCGAUCAGCCAAUCGAUGCUGACGUCACAGUGAUCGGUUCUGGUCCCGGAGGGUAUGUUGCCGCUAUUAAAGCCGCCCAGCUGGGCUUCAAGACAGUGUGCGUUGAGAAAAAUGAAACACUUGGCGGAACAUGCUUGAAUGUUGGUUGUAUUCCUUCUAAGGCUUUAUUAAAUAACUCUCAUUAUUACCAUAUGGCCCAUGGAAAAGAUUUUGCAUCUAGGGGAAUUGAAAUGUCUGAAGUUCGCUUGAAUUUAGAGAAGAUGAUGGAACAGAAGAGUACAGCGGUAAAAGCUUUAACUGGUGGAAUCGCCCACUUAUUCAAACAGAAUAAGGUUGUUCAUGUAAAUGGAUAUGGAAAGCUAACGGGCAAAAACCAGGUCACCGUUACGAAAGCCGAUGGCAGCUCUCAAGUUAUUGAUACAAAGAAUAUUCUUAUAGCUACAGGUUCAGAAGUUACUCCUUUCCCUGGAAUCACGAUUGAUGAAGAUACAAUAGUGUCAUCUACAGGUGCCUUGUCUUUAAAAAAAGUUCCAGAAAGGAUGGUUGUCAUUGGCGCGGGAGUAAUAGGCGUAGAGCUGGGUUCGGUUUGGCAAAGACUUGGUGCAGAUGUGACAGCAGUCGAGUUUUUAGGUCAUGUUGGUGGAGUUGGAAUCGAUAUGGAGAUAUCUAAAAACUUUCAACGCAUCCUUCAAAAACAAGGAUUUAAAUUUAAAUUGAAUACAAAAGUUACUGGUGCUACCAAGAAGUCAGAUGGAAAAAUUGAUGUUUCUAUUGAAGGUGCCUCUGGUGGUAAAGCUGAAGUCAUCACGUGCGACGUGCUCUUGGUUUGCAUUGGCCGACGACCCUUUACUCAGAAUCUGGGACUGGAAGAGCUUGGAAUUGAACUAGAUCCUAGAGGUAGAAUUCCAGUCAAUACCAGAUUCCAAACUAAAAUUCCAAAUGUCUAUGCCAUUGGCGACGUGGUCGCCGGUCCGAUGCUGGCCCACAAAGCAGAGGACGAAGGCAUUGUCUGCGUCGAAGGGAUGGCGGGCGGCGCUGUGCACAUCGACUACAACUGCGUCCCCUCGGUGAUCUACACGCACCCUGAAGUUGCUUGGGUUGGCAAAUCAGAAGAGCAGUUGAAGGAAGAGGGCGUCGAGUACAAAGUCGGGAAGUUCCCCUUUGCUGCCAACAGCCGGGCCAAGACUAAUGCGGACGCGGACGGCCUGGUGAAGAUCCUGGGGCAGAAGUCCACGGACCGGGUCCUGGGGGCACACAUCCUGGGGCCGGGUGCUGGUGAGAUGAUUAACGAGGCUGCCCUUGCCCUGGAGUACGGAGCGUCCUGUGAAGAUAUAGCUCGAGUCUGCCACGCGCACCCGACCUUAUCAGAAGCAUUUAGAGAAGCAAACCUGGCUGCAUCGUUUGGCAAAUCAAUCAACUUUUAAAGUAGAAGAUUCUAUUUUUCUGAAAUCACCUGGGAGCUUUUGUAGAGGUCACAUUUCUGAACAGGAAAUGCUCACGGCUCCAAGAAUUUCUAGGACUGAAUUAUGAAACUUUUGAAAGGUGUUCAUAGGUUUGGAUGGAAUAAUCUCAUCUAUUUUAAAUUUAAUAUUUUGUUUCAGCGCAUUAAUAUUGCCAGAAAAAGCUACUUCUAGUAGCUUCCUGGAACAUUUUAUUCAACCCAUAUUUUCAUGCUGUUUCUCAAAGAUUCACCUUCACUAAAUUUAGGUUAUGUAGCUUUUAUCUCUGCUGUGGUAAAAUUGGAUUUACUUACACGGAUGGAGGUGUUGGGUAUGUGAACCAGCUGUGUUUGAAGCAAGGUAAUCAAGUUAUUUUAAACUUGGUUUUCGUAUGGGAAACCAUCAUUAGAAUAAGAUUGAAAUAUGUAUAAACCAAACUGAUGUAAAUACAUGGUCUCUCACUUGUUUUAUUUAAUCCCCAAAUUCUUACAGUUUAGAGGUAGAAUGUAUGUUUAAAUUUUUAAGGACCCGUUGAGGUCUGUAGUUAGACAGUUAUCCACAUUAAGGGCGUACAUCUGUGAAAUCCAGAUAUUAAAGGAGGACUCAAAUGUGUUACAGCAGGGAAUGAAAAUAACAGAAAUAAACAGUCUUAAAUGCUC